GAGUUGUUUUUGUCCCUGCUGUUCUCCGCCAUGUUGGGAUCAGUUCGAGAGAGAGAGAGAGAGAGAGAGAGAGAGAGAUAUGGAGGAGGUGUGGAGCUCACUUUAGCUUAGCUACAGGGGAUUAAAUUGGCCUUUUCUCUCUCUUCACACACUCUGAGCAGACAUGUUCAGCUCUUCUCCAGCCUGUGCUGCUGAGUGUUUAGCGGUAGCGCCGUGAGUUAUAGCGCCGUGAAGCUGAGGGAGAAACAACAGGAGGAAAAACAAAUCUCAGCUCUGCUCUCGGAAUAAUGUUCUCCAAAAAACCUCACGGAGAUGUGCGGAAAUCCACACAGAAAGUGCUGGACCCUAAGAAGGACGUCCUGACACGACUCAAACAUCUGCGCAUCGUCAUCGAAAACGCGGAGUCGGCUGAACUGAAACACUUCUUUGACCAGAAUUAUUCUCACAUCUAUUAUGUCUUCUUCGAGAACUUCGUCAGUAUUGAAGCAAACCUGAAACAGAAAGGACAUAAAUCACAACGGGAAGAGCUCGACUCCAUUCUUUUUAUAUUUGAGAAAAUUCUGCAGUUGUUGCCGGAGCGGAUUCACGGACGCUGGCAGUUUCACAGCAUCGGUCUCAUUCUGAAGAAACUCCUGCACACUGGAAACUCCCUGAAGAUCCGCAGAGAGGGCGUGCGUCUCUUCCUGCUCUGGCUCCAGGCUCUGCAGUAUAACGUUCUGAGAGAGCAGCUGUGGAUUUUCGCCAGUUUGAUCCCGGGAUUCCCGGCUCCCCAGUGCGAACACACACCGCGCACCCUGGACAGCAUCAUCAACCCCACACUCAUCCUGCACGACGCUCAGGUGACCCCUGAGGAGAUCAGCCCGCUGGUUCUGCCCCAGUCUGGAGAUAAAGCUCAGGAGGAUCUGACGGGUUAUUUUCUGGAGGCAUUACUGAAGUACAUGGUCACCCAGGCUAAGAGUCUGGAGUGGAGGUGUCGAGAGAACCAUGAGAAGGGUUUCGCUUUUCUCUUUGCCAACUUUAAGAAGUUUUACCUUCCUCACAUCUUCCCAAACUUCUCCAAGGAGACCAGCUUGUACGCCCCCAUCCUGGACAUUCCCCCGAUGAGGCCGAAGCCAUGUUACGUGGUUGUAAAAAGGGACCCAGACACUAACGAGGCUCUGUACUGCACUAAAGAGAGCUUCCUGAACGCACGGGUCAUCUUCAUCCGCUGGCUCGUGUCCUUCUGGCUGGAACCCAAAUCUAACACGCUGACAAACAUCCCCGGGGUGGAGGGAGAGAACGUGCCCAAGAACAUCCAGAGAGCAGCCGCGGGUCUGGCCAUGCGUUCGGAAGAAGGUGGUCCUCGAUCUGCAGCUCUAGAUGGAGGAGGAGCAGGAGAACCGGAGCAGUCUCACUCCAACACGAGCACUCUGACGGAGAGAGAGCCGAGCUCGUCCAGUCUCUGCAGCAUGGAUGGAGAGAACCUCAGUGCCGUAGAAGUGGUGAAGAACGUUCUGUACUCCUCCAGGACCAAUGUGAACUUCAUCACCGAGAUCUUCAGACAGGCGUUCCUGUUGCCGAUGUGUGAGGCGGCAGCGAUGCGUAAGGUGGUGCGUGUGUAUCAGGAGUGGAUCUCUCAGGAGGAAAAGCCUCCGUUUAUGGCAGAACCGGAGGAGGAUGAGCGCUACCAUGACCCGCAGGACCCGGUUCUAGGACACGGCCCGGAGAACCACCACGAGGAGAGAGUGAUGAAGGACAGUGAGAUGUUGGAGUACAGUGUACAUGCAGGAGUGCAGGCCACACUACAGGUUUUCAUCAUCAACUCCUCCAACGUUUUCCUGUUAGAGCCGGCUAACGAGCUGAAGCCUCUGCUGGAGGAACACAUCGACAUGUCCAAGCGCGUCCUCAACAUCUACCGCAGCCUCGUCAUGCACCAGAACAUGGACCAGAAAACAUGGGAGCAGAUCCUGCAGGUGUUGCUGAGGGUGACCGAGUGUGUGAUGAAGAGGCCUCCCUCCAUCAUGCCCCAAGGGAAAAAGAGUAACACUCUCUCAGGCCGAUUAGCAGGAGCCAUUUUUCAGACUCUGAUCGUGGCGUGGAUUAAAGGGAACCUGAACGUGUUUAUCACUCGGGACCUGUGGGACGAGCUGCUCUCCGUGCUCUCCUCUCUCACCUGCUGGGAGGAACUCGUCACUGAGUGGUCCCUCACCAUGGAGACCCUCACCAAGGUGCUGGCCAGGAACCUGUAUAGCCUGGACCUGAACGAGCUGCCCCUCGAUAAACUCAGCGAGCAGAAACUCAAGAAACACAAGGGCAAAGGUGGUGCUCAUGAGGGACAGAAGAUGGUGGUGGAUCGUUCUUUCUCUAAAGGAUGGAGUCGUGAUCCUCCGGGUCAGACUGUAACCAUGCGGCAACGCAGCGCCACCACCGCCGGCUCUCCGGGCAUCGAGAAGGCCAGGAGCAUCGUCAGGCAAAAGACCAUCGCGUUGCGUAGCCGCUCGACGGGUGACAGUCUGUUAUCGGCGGCGUUUAUCCGCAGUGCUAAAAGUGCUCCCGUGCUAAUCCACCCUGUGCACCCUCUCCUUCCUGACUCUGUCCUCACUCCCCUAGCUGACGAGCUGUCAGAUAUGGAGGACCCCCCUCCGUCUCUCCGUGCCCCUCGUGUUCGUCACUCGUCUCAAAACGAGGAGAGUCCGGCGAGCGAGGUGUUCUGCGUCUCGGCUGAUGCUGAUCAGACGCCACUCCCACGCAGCAGCAGUGCCUCUGACAUCAUGGAACCACUUGUGAAAGGUGCACUUCCUGUUUCUGACACUCCCUCUCACACUGACCCCACCCACUGCCCAUCCCAUAGCCCCGCCCACUCCCUCGAAGCAGCCGAUAGCAUCUAUGAGCACCUGUGCCAGGUACCAGAGCCACAGCUCUCAUUCGUCCCUGAUUGGACCUUUCUGGAGGCCACACCCACAACCACACCCAGUUUCCCUGAGGGAGGAGUAAGAGGAGGGCGAGAGGAUGACCUUACCCUGGAGGGGGCAGAGCCAGAACCAGGUGACGAGGAAAAAGAGGAGGAGCCAGAGCCGGGCGAUCAGAGUUUCUAUGAGUGUUUGGAGCAAUGCGAGGCAGAGCAAGUGACCAAUCAGAAACUAUUAUGUAGGCAAGACGCGACAGAGGUUGACUCCGCCCCACAUGCCAUGCUCCGCCCUCGGACUAAGAAACGUCCAGGAGGUGGCGUCCAUGUCACUUUCCGUCCCUCCACCGAGUCGGUGCACUUCCUGAACCCUCUGGACCCGAAGGAAGCUCACUGGAAAAGUCGACUUCGACGCCUAGGGCACUUCAGUGCGCACUCGCACCCCGGGGCGGGACCAGCCACGAAGCUCAGAGAGGGCUCUGAGGAGGGGGAAGGGAUGCGUUCCCGCCAGCAGGGUGCGCUGUUAGGAGGCGUUUAUAAAUCCGUGGCUCACGUUCUCUCCAAACCGAAGAGCCAUGGAAGAAACGCCGCCUCUGACGCACACCUGAAGGACCUGUACUCGCAUUUUAUCGGCUAUUUCGGAAGAAAAGCUCCAGCCAGUAAAGAUGAUCUGACACAGAAGAUGCGGCCAGGGUCGAGUGAUGCGGAGAGCAGUAACCCCAAUGUCAGUGAUCUGAUGGACGAGUUUAUCCAGGAGCGCCUCAGAGCCGGAGGAACCUCGGGACUGGCGAGGCGGGGCAGUAGUCCGGGUAGUUUGGAGAUUCCUAAGGAUUUUCCAGAUGUGUUGACUCGCUCGAACACCACGCGCCCCGUUGAUGACCCCGGCGUCCCCUCUGAGUGGACCUCACCUGCCAGUGCCAGUGGGAGUGACAUCAUCAGCUCCGACAGCCAAUCAGAUUCUUUCAAUGCUUUCCAGUACGACAACAAAUUUGAGAAUUUCAGCUUUGCCCCUGAGGUGUGUGCAGUGGGCUGUAUGGAGCAGGAGAGUGUGUCUGUGGCAGCACAUGUGGUGGAUGAACAGGAUCACUCCAGUCUCACUACACUGCACAUCGACUCUGAGACCAGCAGCCUGAGUCAACACGCUGAUACACUCACCAUCACCGGUUCGGGGAGUGCUUCUCCGGUCCACUCCCGCUCACACACUCCGUCUCCCGCUACACUCACCACUGAACACACUGAACACAAAGAUCUGCAGCUGGACGAGAAACUCCAUCACUCCGUUCUGCAGACCCCCGACGACCUGGAGCCGAGCGAGUUUCCCUCGGAGGACUGCAGCGUGAUGGCCGGCGGCUCGCUCACCGGAUGGCAUGCUGACGUUGCCACGGUGAUGUGGAGACGGAUGCUCGGCAUCCUGGGAGAUGUGAACACUAUUAAAGAUCCUGAGAUCCAUGCACAGGUGUUCGAUUACCUCUGUGAGCUCUGGCAGAACCUGGCCAAGAUCCGUGAUAAUUUGGGAAUCUCUAUUGACAAUCAAUCGUCUCCGCCUCCUCCAGACCUGAUUCCCCCUCUGAGAAUCCUCACACCCUGGCUCUUUAAAGCCACCAUGUUGUCGGAGAAGUAUAAACAGGGGAAGCUGCACGCGUAUAAACUGAUCUGUAAGAUCAUGAAGAGGAGACAGGACGUCUCGCCCAACUCCGACUUCCUCACACACUUCUACAACAUCAUGCACUGUGGCCUGCUGCACCAAGACCAGGACAUUGUGAACACCAUCAUUAAACACUGCUCACCCCGAUUUUUCUCCAUCGGGCUGCCGGGAGCCACCAUGCUCAUCCUCGACUUCAUCGCUGCAGCCAGCAGAGUGACGGCCUGCUCCUCUCUCAAUUUCAUUCACAGCCAACUUGAGGUUUCCAUUUGCACUGAAUUUCAGCUCGAGGCUCCAAGGGUGGAGGCUCAGAUCUUGUUGGGUUCUCUGGUGUGUUUUCCGAACUUGUAUGAGGAGCUUCCUGCUCUCCACCCCACCACCGCCGAUGUCAUUCUGACCAAAUUUAAGGACGUCAAGGAGCACAUUAUUAAACACAUCUUAACCUCAGCUAGAGACGAACCAUCUGCCCCCGCCAGGUGUGUAGCUCUGUGUAGUUUAGGUAUAUGGCUCUGUGAGGAACUCGUCCACGGCACACGACACCCGCAGAUUAAAGAAGCUCUAAACGUCAUCUGUGUCACUCUGAAGUUCCCUAAUAAAACUGUUGCGCUGGUGGCUUCAGACAUCCUGCACCUUCUCAUCAACUACGUUGACCAUCUGCAGAAGUUCCCCCCCGACACGCCCAAGAAAAUAGUGGAGAUCCUCAUAGCGACCAUCACCUACCUGCUGCCUACUACUGAGUCUUCUCCUCACGAGCUGGAUAAGAGGCUGGUAGUGUCCCUCCUGCUGUGUUUGUUGGACUGGGUCAUGGCUCUUCCUCCGAAAACUCUGCUGCAGCCGAUUCAAACUCUCUCACAGGACAAAGACAAAUCAGACAGAACCGUCCUCAGUGCCAUCUAUAAGGUGCUGCAUGGCUGUGUGUACGGAACUCAGAGUUUCAGUAAUCCCCGAUAUUUCCCUCUGAAUCUCUCCGACCUCAGCAGUUCGACCUUUGACCCCUUCCUACUGCUGGAGGGUUUGAAGGAGCCCGAACCUCUGCACUCGCCCGACUCGGAGCGCUCGUCUAAAAUACAGCCCGUCACUGAAGUGAGGAGUCGUAUGAUGCAGCAGGGUCUGAUCUCCAUCGCCGCUCGGACGCUAGUGUCUCACCUGUUGAAUCACCUGUCCCACUUCCCCCUGGGCGCGGGCGGUCCGGCGGCUCUGACCAGUCAGGUGUGUGAGAACCAGGACAACCCGUACUGCCAGAGCGCUGACCUGGCUCCCGAGCUCUUCCACACGCCCAAUCUGCAGUUCUUCGUCCUGAACGGUUCCACGCUGCUCUCCUGCCUCCAGAUCCGUUCCGACGACAACAUGGCCGCCGGGCUGGUCGCCCCCGACACCUGUGUCCGCCUCAUCGUCAGGGACAUUUCCGGAAAGCACUCGUGGGAUUCGGCCGUGCUCUACGCCCCGCCUCAGUGUGCUCCUCAGAGCCGAGCGCCGCGCUCGCACGUGCCCUCCAGUCCUGCAGGGGGCGACGGAGACCACGACGCAGAGCGGGACUCGCUACAGCAGGAUGAGAAAGACGAUCUCUCGGAAGACAAGGAUGUUGAAGAAGAGGAAGAGGAAGAAGAAGCAGAAGAGGAGGAGGAGGAAGAGGAGGAGACGCUUUCAGAGACGAUGGCGCCUUUAGCGAAGCGACGCUGCCGUGAAAUGAUUCCGAGUUGGGAUUCUCUUCAGGACGGCGAAGACGUUCUGGACGAGGUGCUGCAGUAUUUGGGUUCUUCGAGCCCAGAGUGCCUCCAGAGAACCGGAAUGCCACUGAACCUCCCGGCUCCGCCCCCUUGCUGCGUGUCCGAGAAACAGGAGAACGAUGUCAUCAACGCCAUCCUGAAGCAGAGCACAGAGGAGUGGGACUUCGCCGCCAAACACGGGAACGACGUUCACAUGAAGGCGAUGGAGCAGCCGGAGCCCACGGCCCAGAGACCACAGUCCCCCUUCUACUACUGCAGACUCCUGCUCAACGUCCUGGGCAUGAACUCCUGGGAGAAGAGGAGCAGCUUCCACCUGCUGAAGAAGAACGAGAAGCUGCUGAGGGAGCUGAAGAACCUCGACUCCAGACAGUGCCGCGAGACACACAAGAUCGCGGUGUUUUACGUGGCGGAGGGACAGGAGGACAAACACUCCAUUCUGUCCAACACCGGCGGCAGUCAGGCGUACGAGGACUUUGUGUCUGGACUGGGAUGGGAGGUGAACCUGACAAGUCACUGUGGCUUCAUGGGAGGACUCCAGAGGAAUAAGAGUACGGGUUUGACCAUGCCUUACUUCGCCACGUCCACCGUGGAGGUCAUGUUCCACGUGUCCACUCGCAUGCCCCCUGACUCUGACGACUCGCUCACCAAAAAGUUGAGGCACUUAGGGAACGACGAGGUUCACAUCGUGUGGUCAGAACACACACGGGACUACAGGAGGGGAAUAAUCCCAACUGAGUUCGGAGACGUCCUCAUCGUCAUCUACCCCAUGAAGAACCACAUGUACAGCAUCCAGAUCAUCAAGAAACCAGAGGUGCCGUUCUUUGGGCCGCUGUUUGAUGGCGCUAUAGUAGACAGUAAGAUUUUACCCACGAUGGUGCGAGCGACAGCCAUCAACGCGAGCCGCGCUCUCAAAUCCCUCAUCGCCCUCUACCAGAACUUUUAUGAGGAGCGAGCACGGUAUCUGGAGUCGAUCGUGCAGCACCACGUGGAGUUGAGCACGUUUGAGGACUACGCAGCGCGCAUGUUUAGCCCUGCCCCCUUCCACCACCCUCCCAGCGAAUCAGGUUCCUUCCUGGAGAACCCGGCGUGUGAGAACCCGAGUGUGCCGCUGGACGCCGGUGAUGCAUCAUCUCCCAUCUCUCCUCGAGCCAGCAAGAGCCGCAUGUCCAUGAAGCUGCGCCGCUCCUCGGGAUCCGCCAACAAGACCUGAACACACACGCACAAAACACACAGAGCACAUAGAUCACUAAAACAUAUACGCACUGCACACUCCAUGCUCUCACACGCGCACACACACGUAGUCAUGUGUUGGUAACUGUCUGUACGUCAUGAUACUUUGAUCAAUUCUGAACCCACGAUUUCUGAUGAAAGGUUACUGAGGAACCGGACGCCAUGGUAACGGUGAUAGCGGUGGUGAUGCGUCAGUGUAACGCCUGGGUGUCUGUUCCGAUGCAGUGUUACGGAGCUCAGACCGGAUUAAACAUGGACUGAUCACAAACUGCACUCUUCCUCAGCUUCAGUUACUGAUGUGUUUAUAAACUCUGUACACAAGAGGAAAGAAGUGGACCCGUCUCGCUCGCUCUCUCUCUCUGUGUGUGUGUGUGUGAAAUGAAACACAGCCACGUCCUCCUGUUACACCAGUCCUUCUUUCAUUGCUUUAACGUUUUUAUCUCAUGACGAUACACAACACUACUGUUCUUCUACACUCUAACAACACGUCCUCUUUACCUCAGACGCACUCGGUCAGUGUGAGACAUUGGCGCUAAUGACGCUAACAAGUAAUGGAAACUUAAGGCCUCCAGUUUAGCAUGAUACACCUGUGUGUGAGGCUCCGCCCACUGCAGUGUCUCCUAUGUUGUGGUUUUUUUUUUUUGUUUUUUUUUUUUUUUUUACAGGUGUAGAUUUUGGGGAAAAUAAAGUCGUCGGGACUCAAUUUCAUUUGUUCCCGUUUUCAUGACAAAAGUGAACUAGGUUAAAAAAAAUAAAUCCUACACACAGUGUGUAAAAAUAAAACAGGGGAAUGAUGAUAAUUAAAUGAUUAAUAGGGGUUAGUGACAAAGGAAAACGGCUAUAAACUCAAUCACGGGGACGAAUAAUUCCGCGAGGAGUCAAAGUAAAGCGCUCGGUAAUAAAACUGGAGUUGAGACUGGGAUUAAAACACUAAACCCGAGGCUACAGGCUUCUGUUAUUUGUUAGCCACGUUAGCAUCGUAGCCGCAGUGUAAGAUGAAAUAUGGAAAGGUGUUCUGUUGCUCGAGUGCGUUUGGAGGAAACGGCGACUCUGGGCGCAUUUCGUUUCAUUAGAUUGUGUUUUUCUGUUGUACAGAAAUGUGUGUGUGUGUUUGUAUAUAAAUAUAAAUGUGAGCGAAAUCUGCAUAUUUAAUGGUUGUGGAUGAGCAGAAUCUGGUCUGUGUACAUAUUUAACAGGAUUUAAAGAAAAGAAAAAAAACACUAAACAAAACGAGACUCGAGUUCGGUGCUGAAGCUUCAUAGCUCUGUCGAGUCUCUCUCUCACACACACACACACACACACUCUCUCUCUCUCUCUCUCUCUGCAGCCAGGAGGAGGCUCUUAUUUUCCUACAGACGGGUAAAACUUUAAUUAAAAGCCGACAUCAUCAUCAUCACGAGGUCAGAGUUGAACUCUGGAGCUAAAGAUAAACCAGACCAAACUGAAGAGCGACGCAUUACAGUCCUGGAUACACACUGCAGCAAAAGUUUGUGCCCCCCAUAGACAUGCACUGAUUAACGCUGACUUUUAAAGCUUGCUUUUUUUUCCCCUCUUUUUUUUUUAAAAAACACUUAAGAAAACAUUACAGAAUCUAAAGUAUUUUUCAUUGUUGGUUUUAUUUCCUGAAAGUGUCAUUUUUGAAACCGUGAAUUUUUUUUACCGCCUUUGAAAUGACCACGAACAGAUGAGUCAUUUCCUCUUUUUUUUUUUAUUAUUUACUCAUUUCCUCUUCCUUUUCAACCCAUCAAUAUUCUAAUUUUGGAAUGCCGGCACAUCCUCCUGACAUCUCGAACAGCUGUUAGUCACACGAUGUUACCGUGACGACCCAUCACCAACGUUACACUACAGGAUGUGCUCACCUGGUCAUUGUACAGUAAUUUGGAUACAUGGACGUGAUUGGAGAUUAUUUUGUGACAUCACAAACCAAGUUCCGUAGCCAUAGCCCCGCCCCUAAAUCAGUUUUCUAUGCCGAUGUUCUGAGGAAGUCUCUGGUUUGAAGGUUAAAAAGGUAAAAAAUGUGAGUUUCUGUCAAAUCGAUCUAAAAUCUAAAGACGUUAACGUGACAGCGUGGAGUGUUGCGGCUGCUCGGCAGGUGUUCAGGGCGGUAUAGAUCGGGACAGUUAUCGAUUGUUUGUGCUGUAAAUGCGACGCAUCCCAGAAGCCUGAAUAGUUUGGACACAGGCUCCAGAUGGUUUUAUAUCAGAAAGCUGAAACGUGCACACGCUGGAACGUGGACGUGCGAGACAUUGGUGUAAGUUACUGCUGAGAGAGAGAUAGCUGCAUGACGCACGUGCUUACUGCAUGCCUUAGGGAGAAACACACACACACUCAUCUACAUAUUUGUAAAGAGGAAAAUCAGAUGUGCAACUGAACAAACAAAUAAAAAGUAUUAUUCUCACAUA